UGUUGUAAUUUUUAUCAAACCAUAUCUCAGCCUGUGGAAUCGUUAUACUUCGAUCGAUCUAAAUAUAAGGGGAUUUCUUCACCGCAUUCUAACGAUGGGAAACAAAGGAAUCUCGGUGACAGGCCUGGUCUGGGGCUUUGCUUUCUUUCUUCUACCGCUGCACUCCGCCUAUGGAGACGUGAGCUAUUCUUUUCCGGAGGAGAUGAAACGAGGAUCUGUUAUUGGAAAUAUAGCCAAGGAUCUCGGGCUGGAGGCGAGGAUACUGUCCGCUCGUAAGGCCCGUAUUGAUACCGAAGGGAACCAAAAACGGUACUGUGACAUUAAUCUGACUACCGGGGAUUUGAUUGUUGCGGAGAGAAUUGACAGAGAGGGGCUUUGUGGCAAGAAGGCUUCGUGCGUUUUAAACCAGGAACUUGUGUUGGAGAAUCCUUUGGAGCUGCAACGUAUUAGCCUUCAUGUUCAAGAUAUAAAUGACAACUAUCCACAAUUUAAGAAAGAUGUGAUUAAAAUUGAAAUAGCAGAAUUGUCCGUCAAAGGAGCUCGCUUUUUAUUAGAUGAGGCUCGUGAUGCGGAUAUAGGACAGAACACGGUUCAAAGCUAUACACUUGAAGGGAAUAACCAUUUCAUUUUGAAUGUCAAUACAAAAAGUGGUGGACGGAAAAAUGCCGAUUUAGUCUUAGACAAAGAGCUAGACCGUGAACAACAGCAGGAAUUUAAAUUAUUACUCACAUCUGUGGAUGGAGGUUCUCCGCAGAGAUCAGGUACUGUACUCAUACACGUCACUGUACUGGAUGCUAACGAUAACGCCCCAGUGUUUAGCCAGGGCGUCUAUAAAGCCAGUCUGCCUGAAAACUCUCCUGUGGAUACUCUUGUAAUUACAGUGAGCGCCAGUGAUUUAGACGAGGGACCCAAUGGCGAAGUUAUGUAUGAUUUUGACCAUGUUUCAGAUGAAAAUAACAUUGUAUUUUCUCUGGAUCAUAAAACAGGAGAACUAAGAGUUAUUGGGUCUCUGGAUUAUGAAGAUGAGUCAUCAUAUGAAAUGCAGAUCAGCGCAAAGGACGGUUUAGGAUUAGCAUCUUCCUCUACGUUGAUAAUAGAAAUCACAGAUAUUAAUGACAACGCCCCUGUGAUAUAUCUACAAUCUCUGACUAACCCCAUACCUGAGAACGUGUCUCCUGGUACAGAGGUGGGCAUCAUUAACGUGCAGGAUAGAGACUCUGAGAAUAACCGACAGGUCCGCUGCUCCAUUCAGCAAAACCUUCCCUUUAAACUGGUGCCAUCCAUCAAAAACUACUAUUCUCUGGUGACCACGAGAGAACUGGACCGAGAACUAGUGUCUGAUUACAACAUUACAAUCACUGCCACCGACGAGGGCUCUCCACCUCUGUCCUCCUCUAAAAGUGUUCAGUUAUCUGUAGCUGACGUCAACGACAACCCACCUGUGUUUGAGGAACAGUCCUAUAAAGCCCACGUGACUGAAAAUAACAAACCCGGUGUGUCUGUGUGUACCGUUACAGCACGAGACCCAGACUGGAGACAGAACGGGACAGUGAUUUAUUCUAUCUUACCUGGCGAGGUGUCCUCGUUUUUAUCCGUUAAUGGAGACACGGGCGUGAUCCACGCUGUGAGGUCGUUUGAUUAUGAGCAGUUCAGGAGUUUUAUAGUCCACGUGGUGGCCAGAGACAACGGUUCUCCUCCGCUCAGCAGCAACGUCACGGUCAGUGUGUUCAUAACGGAUGUGAAUGACAACUCUCCUCAGAUACUAUACCCCGCCCCGGAGGGGAAAUCCUUCAUGACCGAGCUGGUCCCCAAAGCUGCUCAUGGGGGCUCUCUGGUUUCCAAGGUGAUUGCGGUGGACUCGGACUCCGGCCAGAACGCCUGGCUGUACUAUGAUAUAAUCAAAUCCACUGAUCCGGGACUUUUCACUAUUGGUCUCCACAGCGGAGAGAUCAGGACAAAGCGGGACAUUUCUGAAUCUGACAGCAUGAAACAGAACCUCAUUGUGUCAGUGAAAGAUAACGGACAGCCCUCUCUCUCUGCCACCUGUACAAUUUAUUUAGUGAUUUCUGAUAACUUGGCUGAAGUACCAGAACUGAAAGAUGUAUCUUAUGAUGAGAACAAUUCCAAACUCACCUCUUAUCUGAUCAUCGCGCUGGUGUCCGUCUCCACCUUUUUCUUCACCUUCAUUAUUGUCAUCCUGGCGGUGAGGUUUUGCCGCAUGAGAAAGCCUAGACUGUUGUUUGACGGAGCGGUCGCCAUCCCCAGCGCGUAUCUCCCUCCCAAUUACGCAGAGGUGGAUGGCGCUGGAACUCUCCGCAGCACAUACAAUUAUGACGCAUACCUGACGACGGGAUCGCGCACAAGUGACUUCAAGUUCGUCACAUCUUACAAUGACAACACACUACCCGCGGACCAGACACUGAGAAAAAUUACUACAGACUUUGCUGAUGAUCUUGGAGAUUCCGAUGUGUCCCCAAAGGUAGGACUUUACCGUUAA